CUUCAACCUCAAUGCCAUCUCGCCAAGUGAUGUGCCUCGCACGCUGGCUACAGACACGCGACACCACAGUACCCUGACCCAGCCAUGGCCACGGCUCCGGCUGCGGCCACGGCCUACUACUCGGCCACCGAGAUCCUGGUCAAGGAUGACGACUGGGUUGGCCUUACAGACCCCGUCGAGCGCAAGAAAAGGCAGAACCGCCUGCAUCAGAGAGCAUGGCGCCGGAGGAAAGCCCAGGAAAAGGCAGCCUCGAUGGCAGCCCAUACCCAGAGCUCGCCACCUUCUGCUGCAGCCGUCACCCCUCUGCCGGCCCUACAGUUCACUCAGGCACAAGUAGCCAAUGCCUCGGUCACAAUACAGUCCCUCCUCCGGCAGAUCGCCGUCAAUCACAUCAGCGGCCGCCACCGCCUCGAUACGGCCUUUGACAAGAUGCCCAAGCGGGACCUCCUCUGGACCAUCCUCGAGACUCUCGGCGAACCCCAGGCCGUCCUCGCCUACUGGGGCGACCACCAGGCCCAUCGGCGCGGCCAGCUCCUCUUCUCUCUCGCCAGCCAGGCCACUGCCGCAGCCUCCGCCAUCUCCCCAGACCACCACCUCUUCUGCAUGGUCCAGUACAACGCCCUUCGCGGCUGCAUGACAAACAUGCAGCUCAUCCUCCGCCUCCGGGGACAAGGCGUUGCCCCUGAAGCAAACACGGCAUCCGAGAACAACGGCAACGACAAGAGUGAGAGUCAACUCGCAUGGGACGCCCUAUACACCGAGGGCGUCACCACCCUCCCCUCGCACACACCAGCCAGUCUGCUCCCCACGGCUUUGCAAGAGUCGGUCGUCCACGAGGCCUGGAUUGACAUCAUCCCGUCCGCCGAGAUGCGCGACAACAUCAUCCGGCUCCAGGACCAGAUCGACGUGGACUCGCUGUGUGCGGACCUCAUGGGCAACGAGUUCGAGGAGGCGCCCGACGGCAGCGGGUGCAACCGCGGGCUCGUGCUCUGGGGCGAUCCCUGGGCGGUCGAGAAUUGGGAGGUUGGCGACACUUUUGCGAAGAAGUGGGCGGGGUUACUGCAGGGUUGUGAUGAGUUGUUGAGGGCGACGAAUCGGUGGAGAGAGGUCAGAGGGGAGGACAGGGUCGUGCUGGAGGUGGAAUGAGCAUAUCUUCAUUAUAGCGACUGUGAUUUUGCCUGGAUGGAGUUUCUCGAAUUUUGACUUUAAGAUAUGCUGAGUGCACACGCUUGGAUGGAGGACACAUCUCUUGGGUGAUGAUGACUAGAUAUAUACCAACCAUGGGCAUUCAAAGAGCUUGACGUGUCGUUGUCAAGACUGGAGUAU